UCUAGAUGGUGAGAAACCCACCAUUUUUCUAGGCCCUGGAUGAUGUAGAAGAUUUAGAUACUAAGCCUCAAGAGACGUCUUUCCUCUCAUUUACGGUCUUCCUGCAUAUUUAAUAUUUCUAAUAUGGUAGACAGAGUCGGUGUCUUUGAAGCUGUUAAUCAGGCAAUCUCCUGGGCACUCCAGCUGCGGGUCCUCGCUCCUUCUCGGAUUCUUCAGCUUCGGUCGGAGAGGACCCGGCGCCGAAUCACUGACUGGCACAGGUGUCGGGGUGAGUGUGAGGGGCGGGAAAUCUGUGGACUGGGGACAGCUCCAAAACCCGGGAGUAGGCUGAAUAGCUGGAGCCCCCGACUUCAAUCUGGGCUCUAGGAGCGUCUUUGGUGCUGUGGGCCAGGGCCUCUUUUCCCCCCCCACUCCCAGCCUUCCGGGCUUUCUCGCCAGCAAGGCCGGAAGGGAGCGAUCCACCUGCAGCUCAGUGUUUUCAGGCGCCUGAACCCCGGAGGUCAAGCUUACUGGGUUCCCCCUCUAUAGUGAGCUGGAGUACAGACGGCAGGAAUCUCAGUCCCAGGUUUCUGCUUUGGAGGACAAAACCCCAAACGGACCUGAGCGGACGUCCUGUUAGCGGGUGGUGCCUGGAAGAGCCUGGGGUGUGGAAUGCAGUGAGAAGGGUGUUGCAGUUUUUCAGGAGAGAGAAAAUGAUCCACAGUCUAUUUCUCAUAAACUGUUCCGGUGACAUAUUUCUAGAGAAGCACUGGAAGAGCGUUGUGAGCCAGUCUGUCUGUGAUUAUUUCUUUGAAGCUCAAGAGAAAGCUGCUGAUGUUGAAAAUGUACCACCUGUCAUUUCAACACCUCACCACUACCUCAUUAGUAUCUACCGGGAUAAGCUCUUCUUUGUAUCUGUCAUACAGACUGAAGUGCCACCUCUCUUUGUAAUUGAGUUCCUACAUCGAGUUGCUGACACUUUUCAGGACUACUUUGGUGAGUGUUCAGAGGCUGCAAUUAAGGAUAAUGUGGUCAUAGUAUAUGAACUCUUAGAAGAAAUGUUAGACAAUGGAUUUCCACUGGCUACCGAAUCUAACAUUUUGAAAGAAUUGAUUAAACCACCAACAAUUCUACGCUCCGUUGUCAACUCUAUUACAGGCAGUAGUAAUGUUGGGGACACACUCCCCACUGGGCAACUGUCCAACAUACCAUGGCGUCGGGCAGGGGUAAAGUACACAAACAAUGAAGCCUAUUUUGAUGUUGUUGAAGAAAUAGACGCAAUUAUAGAUAAAUCAGGAUCUACAGUCUUUGCAGAAAUUCAGGGGGUCAUUGAUGCUUGCAUUAAACUAUCUGGAAUGCCUGAUCUCUCCCUUUCUUUCAUGAACCCUAGGCUUCUGGAUGAUGUCAGCUUCCACCCCUGCAUCCGGUUCAAGCGUUGGGAAUCUGAAAGAGUUUUGUCAUUUAUUCCUCCAGAUGGAAAUUUCCGACUCAUAUCAUACCGUGUCAGCUCACAAAAUCUAGUGGCAAUACCAGUGUAUGUGAAACAUAGUAUCAGCUUUAAGGAGAACAGUUCUUGUGGCAGAUUUGAUAUAACAAUUGGACCAAAGCAGAAUAUGGGGAAAACUAUUGAAGGAAUUACAGUGACAGUUCACAUGCCAAAAGUUGUGCUGAACAUGAACCUGACACCCACACAAGGCAGCUAUACAUUUGAUCCAGUCACCAAGGUACUAACAUGGGAUGUGGGAAAAAUUACUCCACAAAAGCUCCCAAGUCUUAAAGGACUGGUAAAUUUACAGUCUGGAGCCCCAAAACCAGAAGAGAAUCCGAGCCUCAACAUACAGUUUAAGAUCCAGCAGCUUGCUAUUUCAGGCUUAAAAGUAAACCGUUUGGACAUGUAUGGGGAGAAAUAUAAGCCAUUUAAAGGAGUCAAAUACGUCACGAAAGCUGGAAAGUUCCAAGUGAGGACAUGAGAAGAGGCCAAAAUUCCUCAAGACCAGUUUGUUUUACAAGUGUUAUUACGAUGUAUUACUAUUAGGUACCAAGUGGGUGGGAAUACAUAUUCUAGUUAAAGCUUUGUGUCUAGCUACACACCGCUAACAAAGUUGCUUAGUUAUCAAUGUAGGAUUCUUAAGGAGCUUUAAGCUAAGGAAACCUUUUAGUGACUUAGCUUAUUUUGUAUCUUUUCACUUAGGAAGAUUUUGGAGGUGAUUUUUUUUCAUAGGAGGAUACCAUCUGACGGCUGCACAUUUUAACAGUAAAGGCAGAAAGCUACAGUGAUAACCUCUUUCCUAAAAGAGUUAACUGGUCUCAUCCAGCAGAAGCUAUCUUAAAUCUGUGAUGUGUCAGGUGCAGCCAAAUAUCACACCUUCUGAUCUUAGCCAUCCCAAACCAGUAUCUGUCCCAAGAGAGGAAAUUCCCCCCACCCCGAGAAGUUUACAGAAAACUGCCUCUUCAAGUGUUUGCCUUAUUCAGCUUUUCACUUGUGCCAUUAAGCAAGCACUGUAGCAAAAGCCACUUCCACAUGGCCCUGGCAGGGAGCACUGCUGCUCCAUGCUCCAUUCUCACUGUAUUUGGUAUUGUAUUUUUUAUAAAUAAGAUUUUUAUGUAAAGCUUAGAAUUUGAUUUACAGGGACCUUGCUGCAGUAAAUACCAUCUCAAUUUUGUGCCACUGGUUCAGCUGUUAGCACAGUAAAGAAAUCAUUUGUAUCAAAGGGGCAAAUGCUUUAUUAAGGUAGUAAAAGGGAACAUUACUUCUGCUUUUAGGAAGUUACUGCAAGCACAAGCAUUUGUGCUUUUAAGCAAAUUAAAGUAGUAAAAGAAAAACUUAAGUGAAACCUUUGCCAUCUUCAUGUUUUAUAAUAUAAAGCUUACCCAACACCAGUUAAGCCAUGGUUAACCUAAAUGCCUCAUGCCCCAGUUCAGCAAAAGGAGGAAAAUGUGCCUGCCUCACAGUCAUCAGUCUUUUUAAAUCUUUUUUGUUAUUGUUCUUAAGGGGUUGAAUUUGCCUGCAUUCCUUGUCUUUAGGGGAAAUUCCCUUUUCAUAUUGUGUGCUUCCCAAAGCUAUAGUCAUAGAUUUCUUCCCGAAACUAUUGUCAUAAUUGUCACUGGAGUGCUUAAAUAUACCUACUAUACUGACAAAAUGCAUGGAAGUGAGUUAUAAUGAGGCAGAAACAAAAUCCUCGGUAACAUUGAUGAUACUCUACCGAUUACCAUGGUUUUGGAAAGUCAGUCAACAGUUGUAUUAUUGCACUCAACUUCAUUGUGUCAUUUUAUUUAACUUCUUCAUCUUGGUGGUCCUUGCCCAGUUAUUUUGCCUCAUUAGACAUCAAGAAAUGGAGAAAGACUGAAAGUUAAGAUAUUAAGUGCUUGUUCUUCAUGUUUCCUUCUUGUUAUUUAUGCUAUUUUCUUCUCUUUGUGGCUCCAUUCUUCUUUCAGUCUUCUCAACUUAUAACCGUCUUUCCCUUAUGCUAAGGAUAGCCCUUACACUCAUCCCAUCCAUGCUGUCAAGGGCUGCUGGUUGGUGCCGGUACAAGAAGCCCACUGAGCAGUUUUCUUACCUUUUCCUGCCCUGCCUUUCAUGGAAUAAGAAAGGCAACAUUUUGCAGCUUCCAAAUUUCUGAAGAAACUAAUCUCAGAUUGGCAGUUAAAGUCAAAAUGUUGCCAAAUAUUUAUUCCUUUUGCCUAAGUUUGGCUGCCCGGUUCAAUUGCUUUUUAUUUUUAAUGUCUUGACUCUUCAGAGUUCAUACCUCAAAAGAACAAUCAGAACAUUUGCUUUGCUUUCUGCUGAAUCCCUAAUCUCAACAAUUUAUACCUGGACUGUCCAGUUCUCCUCCUGUACUAUCUUCUCUUCUAUCCAAGUAGAAUGUAUGCCAGGAGCUCCUUCCCUCUAGCAAUUUCUACUAAAAUGUCCAAGUAGAAUGUUUCCUUUUACAAUCAAAUUACUGUAUUUAUUAAUUUGCUAGAAUCCAGUAAAUCAUUUUGGUAGCUCUGGCUGUGCUAUCAAUAAAAAGAUGAAAGCAA